CCUCUGUCCUUUGCCACAAACAUGAGGUUCAAAUUCCCUCUCAUGGCCAUUGGCCUGGAGGUUGCCAUGAUUGUUUUAUUUGGAUUAUUUGUUCAGUAUGAAACGGAUCAGAAUAUUCGCCAGCCGCUUCGCAGCUCCAAUUCAACAGAUGUGGACAGAUUCCCUGAGUUAUACCCUCUGUUCCAAGAUGUGCAUGUUAUGAUAUUUGUUGGGUUUGGCUUCCUCAUGACUUUCCUGAAGAAAUAUGGCUUCAGCAGUGUGGGCAUCAACCUACUGAUUGCUGCUCUGGGCCUCCAAUGGGGCACUCUGAUGCAGGGGAUCCUGCACAGCCAUGGACAUAAAAUCCACAUUGGAAUAAAAAACAUGAUAAAUGCAGAUUUCAGUACAGCCACAGUUCUGAUUUCUUUUGGAGCUGUCCUGGGGAAAAUAAGUCCACUCCAAAUGCUGAUCAUGACAAUCAUAGAAAUAGCUGUCUUUGCUGGUAAUGAACAUCUGGUUGCUGAGAUAUUUAAGGCCACUGAUAUUGGAGCAUCGAUGACGAUUCAUGCCUUUGGGGCCUACUUUGGCUUGGCUGUAGCAGGUGUCUUAUAUCGACCAGGCCUGAGACGGGGACAUGACAAUGAGGAGUCUGUGUACCACUCGGACUUGUUUGCAAUGAUUGGGACGCUUUUCUUAUGGAUAUUUUGGCCCAGCUUUAAUUCAGCCAUCGCUGAAGCUGGAGACAAAGAAUACAGGGCCGUGGUAAACACGUACUUCUCUCUUGCUGCAUGCGUGCUCACAGCCUAUGCAUUCUCCAGCCUAGUUGAGCACCGAGGCAAACUCGAUAUGGUACACAUUCAGAAUGCAACCCUGGCUGGAGGCGUUGCUGUGGGCACUUGUGCGGACAUGGCAAUCCACCCAUACGUUUCUAUGAUCAUUGGGAGCAUCGCAGGAAUGGUCUCCGUACUUGGAUUUAAGUUUCUGACUGUCUACACCAGCCAUGCAAGCAGCUGCUCUGGGUUCUUCCAUUGGAACAGCCCUUGUUGGAGGGCUGAUCACAGGUUUAAUUUUAAAGUUACCUAUCUGGGGACAGCCAUCUGACCAGAACUGCUAUGAUGAUUCUGUCUUUUGGGAGGUCCCUAGGUGGAGAGAACAUGACCAUCAUUUCCAUGAACAUCAUGGCCACAACCAUUUGGAACCUGAACUCUAAGUUUCAUUCCUCUGCCUCAGCUUCCUUUCCCUUCAUCUAGAAUCAAGUUUAAAUAGACAAAAAGCAUCCAACGAAAA